UAGAUCCAUGAGUAUUCAACGAAAAGAAACAAAGGCAAACGACAGUGAUAUACGGAGUAAUGAAAAGAAAGAUUUAGUGAUAAAAGAACGUUGAAGUAUUAGGAAAAUGAGCGACUAUAAUCCAAAUAUCACAAAGAAGAUUCUCUAUCCUGGUACUGGUGAACAACUAGAGUUUACACCAGGAUCUAAGGCAACAUUUCACUUUAAAACAUACGCUUUGUUUAAUAAAAAUGAAAAACAAGAAGUAGAUUGUAGUAAGAAAUUGGGAAAACCUUUUGAGCUUCUUAUUGGUAAGAAGUUCAAACUUGUUGUAUGGGAAGAAUUGGUGCGUUCCAUGAAAGUUGGUGAAAUUGCAGAAUUUUUUGUGAAGAGUGAGUUGGUUGAAAGCUAUCCAUUUGUAUCGAAGAGUUUACGUGAAUACUCACAACAGCAGAAUGGUCAUAGUCAUCAUGAUCACCAUGAACAUAGUCAUCAUGACCACCAUGGCAAACAUCAUUGUAGUAUGGCUGCCUUUCAACAGCAAGGAACAGGCUAUGAUGAUCUAGAUGAGUUGGUGAAACAUAAACCAGACUUGAUUUUUGAAAUUCAUCUUGAGAAGUAUGAAAAAUCUGGCGAAUACGAGAAAGAAACUUGGCAAAUGGAUGAAAAGGAAAAGCUUGCAAUAUUACCGAAAUACAAAGCGGAAGGUAACAGAUUAUACAUGGAGAAAAGGUACGAGGACGCCGCUGCGAAAUAUAGUGAAGCGUUGGGCUGUCUUGAGCAACUUUGCCUACGCGAAAAGCCGAAAGACGAUGCAUGGAAUGAGCUGAAUGCAAAAAAACUUCCGUUUCUGUUAAACUAUGCUCAAUGUAAGCUCGUUUUAAAAGAUUACUACGACGUUAUACGACAUACAACGACAGUAUUAGAUAGCAUUGAUCCUCAAAACGUUAAAGCAAUAUAUCGUAGAGCUAAAGCGCAUGUUGGUUGUUGGAAUCCAAACGAAGCUAGAGAAGACUUUCAACGUGUCAUGGAACUUGAUAAAAGUCUUGUGAAGACGGUUAGAGAAGAACUGAAAGAACUUGAAAGAAAGGAGCAAGAACAUAACAAAGCAUAUAAAGAUAAAUUGAGAGGCAUUUUUGAUUAAUAAGUUGUCCAUUGAACUAAAGCUAGAGUAAAAGUUAUCGUUUAGAUCAAGAUUUUCAAUUGGCAUAUUAAAUACUGUAAGACAUGGAAAAUGCAAUGUAAAUAGUUUCUUUUAAAAUAAUUUAUGCAGAAUCAAGCAGUGUAAUCUGAGUGGGAAACUAAACUGUAAAUUUUUUCACUGAAAA